AUGGACGAACACGAUCCUAUGAAUGAUCAUUCCGAGCCUUUCUCUCCUCAUGAUGAAGCGUUCAGUGAUAUCAUGCAAGAUGACUACUACGAUGAUACAGAAGAUGAAAGAGCCUCUUCUUCUUCUUCUUCCAAUCAUAUCCAUACGUUGGGAGAUUUAAAACAAGUUCUAUUACAACAUGUUCGUGAGGAAUGUCCGGCUGCUUGCUCUAACAAACAUGAUGAUCUACCAAAGACUUUGUUUUUUGAUGAAGAAAAAAUUAGAGCUGUUUAUAUAUUUGGUAGUCAGACGUAUAAUUGUACGAAAAUUGAAGGAGUGGUUGAUGGGAAAUUAAGCUCGAAAGAUCCAUUCUCGAAUCGUGGUGGACGAUAUGGUAUUAGCCCUCGAGGUGAGACACAUGUGAGAGUUUUGAGUAAUGAUAAGAAGAGUGAAUUGAAAUAUUUGGCGUCCUCUGAUUUUGAUGUUUUAAUUGUUUGUGAUGAUUUGUACUCGACUGAUAGUUCGUUGGGUUCUUACUCGAGCGAUCAGCAGUUUAAAUGGGAAACUGGUUUAUGUUUGAAUUUUGAGGAUGGUUGUGAAACAGCUUUCUUGGAAUUUGACAUUUCAUUCUAUAAUACUUCCUAUUUUGUCUCAUAUAUGAAUUACCAUCAACCUGUUUAUAUCCAGAGUGUCACGAACAAGUAUUGGGAAGAUGUGUUUGUCAUAUUUGAGGAUGAAAAGAUGAAAUAUUUUAGAAGUACGUGGUGUGACUGGAACAUGUCCAUCCCUCGACUCAAAGUUGCAUUUUCUACUGAACUCGAUUACUGCUUUGAGAAGGCACAACGAUUUUGGAACAUGUCUAAAGGAGAAACGGAUGAACUGAAAUACAAUGACAAUUACAAUCGAUAUACCACGAGUAGAACGACCGAACAGUUGAGGAAAACUUCUAAAAAAAACAUUUGCCAUGGUUUAAGAAAACUGAGAUUUGCAUAUCAGUAUUUGGCAAAUGGAAAAAUUGUUGACAUGCAAGAAUCGAAUAAUUUGGUACAGGAAGUGUUUGAUACAACUCAUUACUAUUCUCAAUGGAGUCAGUUCGAAACAACUUACAUACCAAUCUAUGAUGAGAACAAGUUACAGUUUCAAACUGUAUGUGAAAACAUUAUUGGAGUUGCCGAGAGUUUGCUCACCAACUACGAUCACCAAUCUGUCCAUCAAUCUCUUGCAUUUUUGACUUUUCUGAAUAGGUAUUGUACAAAAGACAACCAAGAAGGAAGAAAAAUUGUGAAUGAAUGCAUGAGGUCAACGCAAGCAUUGACACAACAAGACCAAGAGUGUGUUCAGAACUCUGUGGGGUAUCUUUUUAAUGACGUGCAUUCCUUGACCAAAUUAUUUAAUAUUGAUGUGUUACCCUUUGAGCUUGCAUGUGAAACAAUAACUCCACAACAUCUCUCUCAGUGCACUACUUUCCAACUCUCUUUAAAUCCCAGCAUGUUUUAUUUGGGUUAUGAUCGGCAAAUUUGUAAUGAAGUGUUGCAAUGUGACGGUGCAAUUAUUGAACACGUUGGAUCUACAUCAUUUAAAUUAUUAUGUGCUCCAAGAUUGUUUGUUCCAGACAUUCGAGACCAACCAGAACUUACUUAUAACUGUCCAUCGGUGAAAUGUUUCAAGCUUCCCUAUGGUGACAAAGUGAGUCUAUUCUUCUAUAGAAACAAUUGGGUCAUUGCAUGUCCAGAAAUUGAACGUACGAAUUGGAAACAAUGGGUCUUGUUGCAACCAUCGAGCUCCGUAACUUGGAGAGAUGCAUUUUGGAGUAUGUGGGAUCAUUUGAAAAUGGAGUUGCCAAAAGACCAAAUGCAAGACAAAACCUUUCAUUUCGUGUGGAAUAAGCAAAAUGGUAUCACUUUGGUUUCAGCUCGUGUGCAUCAGACUUGCCAGUUUUUAUCUCAUUCUGAAAUGACAUUACUCUGUGAACAAUUGCAUUGGAAAGCUUUGGAGCCCAUGAAAGAAUUAGACGGAAAUGCAACGUCUAGUUCCAAUUUGUGGAACCAAGCAUUGGAAAAAAGCGCUUCCUUGGAUCCAACCAUCUAUGAAGGAUUCAUUUUCCUCCCUAAUGACGUUCUUCAUGCCUCUAAUGGACCUCUUUUGCAAGUGAAAACUCCAAUUCAUUAUCUCAUGCCAAAAUUGAAUAUUACCAAUCCUUUCUAUUCAGGAACUGAAGUGUUAAACUCGAGUGUAUUUGAACAACCAGAUGAAUCUCUCGUCCGAUCAGAAAUGAAUGACCAGGCACUCUUUUAUACUGCAGUGAUGCACAAUCAUGAAUUGACAACUCAAAUUCAACAAGUCAUUCAACAGAGAAAUCCAUUAUUUUUGGAUAUUUACAAACAAUUUGUGGAAUAUUUGGACAAGUAUUUUAUGGAACAUCCAUCCAUUGACGAUCAUGUAAACACCAAGCAAUAUUUUAGAGAACAGUUCAUUGCAAGAUUCUUGGGAUACCAAGAAGUAGUGGAUCCAUUUCAUGAAAUGGUAUUGGAUAUCAUUUAUGAAAUAUGA